GUUACAUGUGUUAGGACGUUCGUAAUUGGUGGUUACUGUGGGAGAGGUUAGGAAACACUAGUCAUGGAUGCAUGGAUCUAAUUUCCAUUGAUAAGAUCAGUGGCAUGAACAGCUCUCAUCAUGAACAUAACACUGGAAGUCGAAAAGGGAUGAUUGAGAACAAACACUGACCCCAAUAGCAUGCAUCAAAUCCACAACAUUGACAACCAUCUCAUCCACAUUAUCUGACUAACGUCUGUGGAAUUGAAACAAUGGCGAAGCCUCGAACAAAAGGUCCAGCAGUUGGAAUUGAUCUUGGUACUACCUAUUCAUGUGUGGGGUUCUUCCAAAAUGGACGGGUUGAGAUUAUAGCUAAUGAUCAAGGGAAUCGAGUUACGCCAAGUUAUGUUGCUUUCACAGACACAGAGAGGCUUGUUGGAGAUGCUGCAAAAAACCAGGCUGCUAUGAACCCUGCCAAUACAGUGUAUGAUGCUAAACGUUUGAUCGGGCGGAGGUUUGAUGACCCUUCAGUUCAGUCAGACAAGAAGUUAUGGCCCUUUUCCAUAAGCAGUAAAGAUGGAAAACCUGUAAUAGUUGUUCAAUACAAAGGGGAGAAGAAGGAAUUCUUUCCAGAAGAAAUAUCAUCGAUGGUGCUAAUGAAAAUGAGAGAAACUGCUGAAUCUUAUUUAGGAAGAAAGGUCAACAAUGCUGUAGUAACUGUCCCUGCAUAUUUUAAUGACUCCCAGAGGCAAGCAACAAAAGAUGCUGGUGCAAUUGCUGGUCUCAAUGUGCUCAGAAUAAUCAAUGAACCUACUGCAGCAGCCGUUGCUUAUGGACUUGACAAAAGAAAAUCUGGUGAAGUAAACGUUCUGAUUUUCGAUUUGGGCGGUGGGACAUUUGACGUAUCUAUCCUUACAAUCGAUGAUGGUGUUUUCGAAGUCAAAGCUACUGCGGGAGAUACUCAUCUUGGGGGAGAAGACUUCGACAAUAGAAUGGUACAAUUCUUCAUCGAAGAUUUCAGAAGGAAGCAUAAGAAAGAUAUUGGAGAAAAUAAACGGGCGAUAAGGAGACUUCAGACAGCCUGUGAAAGGGCAAAGCGCACGCUAUCCGCGGCAACCCAGGCCAACAUCGAGAUCGACUCACUCCUGGAUGGCAUAGAUCUAUUUACCACUAUCUCGAGAGCCAAGUUCGAAGAACUUAAUAGUGACUUGUUCAGAUCUACCACAGGCCCGAUCGAAAAGGCCAUACGUGAUUCUAAGGUACCAAAAGAAAGGAUCGACGAGGUUGUUCUGGUUGGCGGUUCGACCAGAAUACCAAAGAUACAAAGUAUGCUAAUGGAGUUUUUCAGUGGAAAAGACCUUAACAAAUCUAUAAAUCCUGAUGAAGCAGUAGCCUACGGCGCAGCUGUACAAGCAGCUAUAAUUGUUGGCGACACUUCUGACGAAGUUAAGGACGUCCUUCUGCUAGAUGUUACACCACUUUCGUUGGGUAUAGAAACGGCCGGAGGAGUUAUGACGAACCUUAUUGGUAGAAAUUCAACAAUACCGACUAAGCAUUCUCAGAUUUUCAGUACUUAUUCAGACAAUCAACCUGGUGUAUUAAUACAAGUUUUUGAAGGGGAAAGGGCAAUGACGAAAGACAAUAAUCUUCUCGGAAUAUUUGAAUUAAAAGGAUUUCCACCAGCUCCUCGUGGAAUCCCACAGAUCGAGGUCACUUUCGAUGUCGAUGCUAACGGUAUUUUAAAUGUUACCGCACUCGAAAAAUCUACUGGUAAAAGUAAUGCUAUAACAAUAACUAACGAUAAAGGUAGACUGUCCAAGAAAGAUAUUGAUCGCAUGAUUCGUGAAGCUGAAAAGUACAAAACAGAGGAUGAUAAGGCGAGAGAAUCCAUAUCUGGUAGGAACAAUUUAGAAGCAUACUGUUACGGAAUGAAGACGUCCAUGGAAGAAGCAGCUAAGAACGGUCUAGUCACCGAAGAGGAAUUGAAAACUGUCUCUAGGAAGUGCAACGAGACGGUAAUGUGGUUGGAAGCGAACAAAUCAGCUACCAAAGAAGACUACGAGAAGAAGCUGAACGAAGCAGAGGCGGUUUGUAAGCCGAUAGCAACCAAGUUGAUGGGGAGCGGCGCUUCAAGACCUGGGAACCUCGGGGUAGCGCCCGAUCGCCAUUCUACCAGCAACACUGAUGAUGGACCCACCAUUGAGGAAGUUGAUUAAUAAAAUCCAUGACAA